AUGGCGGCAUUCAGACGAUUCACCAGCCGGAAGUCACUCCCACACAUCAUGAUUUCAGACAACGCCACGACGUUCAACGCUGCGGAACGUAAUAUAAGAGAGCUGACGCAAUCCAGAAAUGUUCGUGAAACCCUCAACAACAGAGGAACUAAGUGGAGAUUCAUACCUAAACGAGCUCCAUGGUUUGGUGGUUGGUGGGAACGGCUAAUUGGACUUACUAAAACCACCAUAAAGAAAGUUCUAGGUCGUUCAUUUGUCACCUUCGAGACACUACAAACGUUGGUUACAGAAAAAGAAACCAUUAUGAAUGACAGACCACUCACAUAUGUCUCAUCUGAUUGUACCGACCUACAACCCCUGACGCCAGCCCAUCUACUUUACGGUCGGAGAGUUAGUUCCCUUCCAUACCAAGAGAUUGCGGAAAAUGUUGAAACCGACAUUAAUUUAGGUAACUAUACAGGAAUCACGAAGCGCACCCAAGUACAAGCGAAUCUGAUUCGCCACUUCCGGGAUAGAUGGCGCCACGAGUACCUUACCAGUUUGCGAGAACAUCAUCAGAAGGCAGGUAACAACAAACAGACGAUCAAAGUUGGUGAUGUCGUACAAAUUCAGGAUGACGCUCCGAGAAACCAAUGGAAGCUUGGAAUUAUCACAGACCUAAUCACCGGAAAUAAUUAUAAUGGCCUGACACGAGCACUGAUGUUGCUUACCAAGAACAGACAUGACAUUGUGACUUCAAGACCUAUAGUGAAGUUGUAUCCGUUAGAAUUAAUUUCACACGAUGAACCAUAA